GUGGAGAAGAUGAAAAAAAAAAAAAAAUCUAUGUGCUUACCCUUUGGAGGAUAUAGCACCUGUAGAGGAGGAGCACAAUAGUGCCCCACCCAACAGUCGGGUUACUCUACAUAUGCCUUUUUUUUUUUUUUUUUUUUUACCUUCACCAAAGGUAAACUUUUUAAAACGGCAAAGUAUACUGCUCAAAUGUAAAGAGAAAAAACGAGCUUCACUUCACAACGCGCUUCACUUUGCAACACUCUUCACUUCACAACGCGAUAGAGCGUACUUCACCCCAUUCGCAGCAACACGUAAACGUCGCUAAUCCCUCAAUUUAGCGAGCGCUAAAAUUGGCUUGAGCCACUUCCUCACACUUUUCAACCAAUAGAUCCCCGAAGGUAGCGGCCAAAAAGGAGAAAAAUAAGGCCACUCCUCAGUAGUAAAACACCAUCACAGAAGGAGCUAAAAAGGAUUUUCCUAUUUUUGCCGAACAGUCCGCCGCUUUCCCCCCCAAAAUGUGCGAAAACAAAAGCAAGGUAAAAGAUUUGAGCCUGGCCCCCUUUGGGAAGCUCCAAAUGCAGAUCUCCGAAAAUGAAAUGCCGGGAAUUAUGACCAUCCGAGAGGAAUACGAAAAGGUGAAGCCCCUUAAAGGAGCAAAAAUAACUGGCUGCUUACACAUGACGGUUGAAUGUGCACUGCUGAUCGAAACGCUACAAAAGUUGGGAGCCCAAAUAAGGUGGUGCUCAUGCAACAUAUAUUCGACGGUAGACUACGCAGCUGCCGCUGUGAGCACGUUGGAAAAUGUAGUAGUAUUCGCGUGGAAAGGGGAAACAUUGGAAGAAUAUUGGUGGUGUGUAGAAAAUGCAUUAACAUGGGAAAAUGAAGAAGGACCAGAUCUCAUCGUCGACGAUGGUGGAGAUGCCACACUGCUAGUACAUAAAGGUGUUGAAUAUGAAAAGUUGUAUGAACAAAAGCAAAUUUUACCUGACCCUGAGUCAGCAAAAAAUGAAGAAGAAAAAUGUUUCCUCAGUUUGUUAAAAAAAUCAAUUCUUAAAAAUCCCAAAAAAUGGACAAACAUUGCGAAGAAAAUUAUUGGAGUGUCUGAAGAAACCACAACAGGAGUGUUAAGAUUGAAGAAGAUGGAUAAAAAUGAGGAACUCCUUUUUACAGCCAUAAAUGUAAAUGACGCAGUGACGAAGCAAAAGUAUGACAAUAUUUAUGGCUGUAGACAUUCUCUCCCAGAUGGGUUAAUGCGAGCAACUGAUUUCCUCAUUUCUGGAAAAAUUGUUGUCAUAUGUGGAUUUGGGGAUGUUGGGAAAGGCUGUGCUUCUUCCAUGAAAGGCUUAGGUGCAAGAGUAUGCGUCACUGAAAUUGACCCCAUUUGUGCCAUUCAAGCUGUUAUGGAAGGCUUUAACGUAGUUACCCUGGACGAAAUUGUAGAGAAAGGAGAUUUUUUUAUCACCUGCACGGGCAAUGUGGAUGUCAUAAAACUGGAGCAUUUACUAAAAAUGAAAAACAACGCCGUGGUGGGAAAUAUUGGACACUUUGAUGAUGAAAUACAAGUUAACGAGCUGUUUAAUUGUGAGGGAAUACACAUUGAGAAUGUGAAGCCACAGGUGGAUAGGGUAACUCUGCCUAAUGGGAACAAAAUUAUUGUCCUUGCUAAGGGGAGACUCCUAAAUCUGGGAUGCGCUACUGGCCAUCCUGCCUUUGUGAUGUCCUUUUCCUUUUGCAAUCAAGUUUUUGCACAACUAGAUUUGUGGGAAAGUAAAAACAGCUCCAAGUAUCAGAACAAAGUCUACUUGUUGCCCAAGCACCUCGACGAGAAGGUUGCCCUUUACCACUUGAAGAAACUCAACGCUUCUCUAACGCAGUUGGACGACAAGCAGUGCGAGUUCCUGGGCGUCACCAAGGGUGGUCCCUACAAGAGUGACUCCUAUAGGUACUGACGGGGUAGCAGUCCGUCACGGCGCAGCCUGUCACGUUACAGUCCGUCGCGUUACAGUCUGCCAUUUUGCAUCCAACCAUUUUGCACCCAUCCAGCGCAUCGCCGUUCCAGCUCGAACCCCUCCGCACGGGGCACCAAACGGGUAACCCUCGCCCCAGGGUUGCAGUUCACCGUCCCGUUCGUCGGUUCGCGUGGGAAGGCAUAAGCAGGUAAAAAAAGUCUACUUACGUAUAACAAAAAAAAAAAAAAAAAAAAUACACAAAUACGCACAACAAACGGGUGAAGCGCGCGGAAAAGCAACGCAGCGGGGGCGCCACCUACCGCGUAGGCGCUCUUACAUCAGCUCAUUAUAUCCUCUUUCCACACCGCUUUUCACACCCGCGAGGGCUUCCCCGGCACAUGUACGUCCCCCCCGGUGCCGCCUCAAAUAAAAAAAAUAAAAAAUGGCCCAUGAGAAAUGGUCGCACACCAUCAUUUGCAGUCGAGUGUGUUUGGCCGUUUUUUACGCAGCAGGAAAAAUGCAUGCUGUGUUACGUUUGCCGUUUGGCAGAUUCGCUAUGAUUUUUUGUUUUUUUUAUUGGCCUGCCCCCCGGAAGAUGACUCGAAGAUGACUCCGUUCCGGGAGGCGUUCGUACGUAUGUGCCGUUUGCACGUGCGUCUGGCAUGCACGUCUAGUGUACUUUUUCGGCAUGCACGUCCAGUGUACUUCUUCGGCAUGCACGUCUGGUGUACUUCUUCGACAUGCACAUCUAGUGUACUUCUUCGACAAGCACGCCCGGCGUACUUCUUCGGCAUGCGCCUCCUCGCACGCGCUUGUGCAAAACUAUAUUUUAACUGUUCGCCCUUAAAGAGAGCUCCAAA